AUGGCCGGCCAACCGCAGUUGAUUCAAUCUCCUUACAAUGUCGACAUUCCUGUCAAUGAUAUUCAAUCGUGGAUCUUUUCCGCUGGCAUCCAGGAAACCCGGAAACAACCUGAGUAUUUCGAUGCGGAUAAUCCAGCCAAAUGUUUCAGUGUAAACGAUGUGGACCUAUAUAUGAAGCAGGUGGCUCUUGGUCUGCAGAGACUUGGACUGCAACCAAAGGAGAAGGUCCUGCCGUUCUCUACUAAUGAGCUCUAUUUUCAUGUGCUGCUAUGGGGUGUCACGAUGCGUCUUUACUGCUGUCUCGCCAUCUGCACAGGAGACGGGUAUGUGAAAGCCCAAAGCAUGGUAUGGAGAACAUGGACAUUUGAAGCUGAUGCGAAGCAGAGCUCGCGUACCAAUUGA